AUGAUUAAUUUUAGAACUCAAAUUGAAUCGCUUAUCAACAUGUGCAAUGUAAUUAAUACUACAAUUCGAGUGUAUAUACAUAUGUAUAUCAGUGUUUCAACCGUGAAUAAUGAAUUUGAACUGUCGUUUAAAAUUUGUCUUUCCAAUAUGUAUAGGCAUGCCAGUAAAACUUUUCCAAAAGCAAGUCACCUGUUGUACAGACAUACUUUAUAUCUCUUAAAUCAUAUUUUUAAUAGUUUUUUUUUUAUAGUAUUUUCAUAUUUUCUACAUAAUUUUACGACACAUACAUUUUACCUUACUGAUUUUAUAUAUAGAUAUCCUUACUGACUUACUACAUAUAGAUAUCAAGUUUUUAAAUUCAGGUAUUUACAUAAACAAAGGGUAAAGUAGGUAUACAAACUUCGAUAAUCAAGUUUCUACAACUUUAUAUAUGAUGAGCUGUUGUUAAAAAUUGAAAAAAAAUCCUUGUGUGUAUAUUGUUGGUAUAGUAUGGAUACAUAUCGUGUCACUCAAAAGUAUUCGAACAUUUAUCACAGAAGAAUUUUGAUACGCAUGUUAUAUAGGAUAUUUCGAAAUAUCGUUAAUAUAAUAAAACACGACCAUUAUUAGAAAUUUACAAUGAAUCUAAAAGAAUAUAUAAAUCUUGGAAUAGUUACAGACUUAUUUUAUUAAUAGAAAUGCAUAGGAAUACAGUUGUAGUUAUGGAUUGUUAAAAAUUUACUCUCAUACUUAUAGGCGAUGGGUGGUUCCAGUACUAUCAAUUACAUGAGGUAUGCUCGUGGUAACCCAAGAGAUUACGACGAAUGGGUAGAAAGAAGAAAUCGUCGUUGGAAUUACAAAGAAUGCCAUAUUUCCUCAAGUUAGAAAAUAACAUGGAUUCAGAGGUAAUAAAUUUAAUAAAUUAAUUCGAAUAAUUGAAAUUCAUAUUAUCAAUUACCAAAUAAUUUAACUGUUGACAAUGUAAUCCGAAUAAUACGGUUCUUAUAUAUACAGAGUGCUUCAUAGUCACAUCAUAUAAUUAUAUAACCAUAUUAUAAGAGUUCGUUAUUCGAAAAAUAAAUAAUUGGUUCUAUCACCAGGAAGUAGUAUUAUAAUAUCGUAUUAGGUUGUUUCUAGGUGGAUGCGUGAAGGAAAUACGAAGAUCAAUUCUAUAUGAAGAUUACCUACUUUCUUCUAUAUGAAAUUCCAUAAUUUUUUUUUCACACCAGUGAAAACACAGCAGAUGAUUUUCUAUAAGAAAAAUUGAUUUAUUUUAAAUUGACUAAAAUUAAUAGUUUAGAAGAUAUUUUGAUUUUAAUUUUGUAAGACAUCUGCAAAAUGUACGUAAUUCUGGAUUAAAAGAAUAAAAAUUAAGAAGAUAAAUAAAUUUCUCUACGAAGUCAGAUUAUACUGUAAUUAUAACGUAUAUUAAAUUAUAUUAUAAUUAUAGUUACGUUACAUUCAUUUGUUACUGGACUACGGAUUUUUAUCUAAAUUUUUAUUUUUAUUCAUACAAACGAAACAGGAAUUGUUUUGUCUAUCAGAAAUUAUAACGAGUACUCUAAUUUGAAUAUUUUAUAUAUUUUUACACGUUGUAGUAUAUUUCGUGGAUUUUUCUAUAAACUAAUAUACAUAUAAAUAUUCACAAUUACUAUGUACAUUGUUACGAUACAGGAUAGGCGAUUUCCCAUAAUUCUAAUCAUUAAGAUAAGGGGAAAUCGCCCGAAAGACGUUAGGCUUCUUGUCCACAUAAAAUAAUUUAUUAUUCUAUUUUUAGAUAAGCACAACCCGCCUCACCCGUUUUUUACACUGGCAAGAAGUCGGCAUAGCAUCUAUCAUGAUCUAUCAUGGCUGUUGACAUAGUUUCCCAAUCACUGACCCACGUACCUAUUAUGUUUGGUGUCAAUCUUCCUAUCGAUUUCUAAUAAUUUCACUAUUUUUAAAGGAACUUUAGAGGAAAAGCAAUCAAACAGCUCACGGUUCAAUGUGAUUGGCCAGCUCUCGCCACUAUUUUUCAAUAA